CAAGGCAGACACAUAUUGACUGGAGUUUCCAGAGGUUGCGCUCUCUCACUCUCUCUCUGGAGCCGAGGGCAUUUUUUUUCCUUACUUGAGCUGAGGCUGAAGGCGUGGAUUUCUACCCAGAAAUGGAAGAGGAUUAUGACUACUACGAGGACAACGAGACCAUGUGUGAUUACUCAGAGUGGGAGCCCUCCUUCUCCCUCAUCCCAGUGCUGUACAUGCUGAUUUUCAUCCUGGGGCUGUCCGGGAACGGAGUGGUGAUCUUCACCGUGUGGAAGUCCAAAUCCAAGCGCAGGGCGGCCGACAUUUACAUCGGCAACCUGGCGCUGGCAGACCUGACCUUUGUGAUCACCCUGCCCCUGUGGGCAGUGUACACCGCCAUGGGCUACGAUUGGCUGUUCGGGGUGGCCCUGUGCAAGAUCAGCAGCUACGUGGUGCUGGUGAACAUGUACGCCAGCGUCUUCUGCCUCACCUGCCUGAGCUUUGACCGCUACCUGGCCAUCGUGCACUCGCUGUCCAGCACCAACCUGCGGUCCCGGCCCACCAUGAUCACCUCGCUGGGCGUCAUCUGGCUGCUGUCCGGGGUCCUGGCCGUGCCCACGCUGCUGUUCCGCACCACCCUGCAGGACGAGGCCAACAAGACCUCCUGCGGCAUGGACUUCAGUCUGGUGACCCUGAACCGGGAGCACGAGUCCCUGUGGAUCGCGGGCCUGAGCCUCUCCUCCUCCUUCCUGGGCUUCCUGCUGCCCUUCCUGCUCAUGACCGUCUUCUACUGCUUCAUCGGCAGCACCGUCACCCGCCACUUCAACAACCUCCGCAAGGAGGACCAGAAGAAGCAGCGGCUGCUCAAGAUCAUCACCACCCUGGUGGUGGUCUUUGCCCUCUGCUGGACCCCCUUCCACGUGCUGAAGAGCCUGGAUGCCCUCAUCUACCUGAAGGUGCUUCCCCAGACCUGCGCCCUGCUGAGCGUCCUGCUGCAUGCUCACCCAUACACCACCUGCCUGGCCUACGUCAACAGCUGCCUCAACCCCUUCCUCUACGCCUUCUUCGACCUGCGCUUCCGCUCGCAGUGCCUGUGCCUGCUCAACCUGAAGAAGGCCAUGCACGGCCAGAUGAGCUCGCUGUCGUCCACCCUCAGCGCGCAGACCCAGAAGUCCGAGGUCCAGUCGCUGGCCACCAAGGUGUAGGGAGCCCCGCUCGUGGGGCGACAGACUGUGUGCACGGAGCCGGCGCGCAGAUUCCCGGACUGAGAUCACCUUCCCCCCACUGUGGGAGAAAGGACUUUGAAAAACUGAAAACCCGGUCUGCUCGCUGGGCUGUAACACUUGGAAAACCCGAUGUGUGGACUUGUUCUGUUAUUGGGGUAACCCCACGCGCUUAUACCUGGGCUACAAGGGGUUCCCCCAACAAACAACGCUGGGGCCAGCUGGCUGUGCCUCCAGCUGCUUGCGUUGUACAAAUUUUUGAAAGAGGUAAAUGUGUUUCAAAGACUUGUUUUUUUCUGGCUUGCCUUUUUUUAAAAAAAGAGUACAUGCUGUAAAUUGCUGUAAAGAAUUCAACCAGGGCUGAAUUCUGGACAGGAGGAGUGAGAUGAGAGGGAGGUCAUAAGUUGUUGGCAGUGAAGUUUCAGCCUGGUCACACUGGGAAAGAAAAAAUGUCCCGAGUGUUUUCCAUGUUUUUUUGUGCUCUGUUGCUGUCGUACUGUUUCCUUAGCACUUGUUUAAAAGAGGAAAGAUUGUGCAACCCAUUCUCCACUUUUGCUAAUCUGUGCUAAUGAGGGAAAGGGGCCAGAGGCUGGUGAGUGUGAUUAGAAGGAAGGUGUUGCAGUUGAAUUAACAUGUCGGACGACAGAGGUGGUCGGGCAGGCAGAUGGCUGUUGCCAAAUGUUUUUCCGGGAGGGGGAGCAGAGGUCUAGGAGGUGAUGGCUAUGAAUUGACUUGAAUGCACUGUUGUAACAUGACUUUGGAGCUGGGGUGACUUAUCAUCUGUAAGUGGCUUUUGCUGUGAAUGUCUCAGAAAUUAAGGAUUUGUAUUAUGGAUUGUAUGUUUUUGCCUAUAACUAACUACUGUAUCUGGAUGCUUUUUAGCAUUUCCUAUUUGUAAAUAAAAAGUGUUUUUAAAAUA